CCAGCUCGCGGGUUUAAACCACAUGCAUGCACUGAAAAGCUGGCGCUCAAUAUGUUAAUUAUUCCCAAAGGAAUACAAAUGACCGACAAAUUAGAAAUUUGGCAUCCCUAUGCUGAAUGUUUACAAACACACGUCAUUUAGACCUGUCAAAAUCAUAUGUUUUCGGGUAAAACUAACAAAAACCUGUAAAAAUUUCGCUCGCAGACGAAGUAAAUAAAAAAUUAGUGAAAUAAUUAAAAAUGAAAAUAAAUCAGCUAUAAAACCGAAAACGGUCAUAUAUGAACACCCGAUUCAAUUAUGCACAUUGACCAUAUUAGCUCAACGGCAGCAAUCAUAAAAGCCGGAAUAUGGAAGUCGUGAGUUUAUAGUUGAUAUGUUUAACGCCUACGCACGAAAAAUAUUCAUCUAUAUAACUGCAAUUACAAUCUAUGCGAAUUUCGGAUAGUUAAAAAUACGAUUGCAAAUAUUGGCGUACAAUCCGAUGUUCACAAACUAUACAAACGCUGGGACAGCAGCGAAAGGUCCUACGCCUACGGUGACCUGCGUAGAUACAAAGAGCUGUAAUAGUAUCAAUAAGAUUAUAACUACUGUCAACACCGCUAAGCACAGCAUAAACCACAGAGGUGGAAGUAUCAACCGUUUCAUUGUAAAACGAAGUAGCACUAGCGGUACCGAACAUAAAUCCCGCAAAUUCAACGCCAAGCGUGAACAACUCUUUUUCCUAAUCAUAAUGCGUUUAAACCUGAAGAAUUUCCUUUACGCACUCAUAGCAUUUGUAGUAUUCACCGGUGCAGUACUAUAUUUCUUCUUUCCGGAUUUCUUAUUUCCACACAAUUUUGUGCAACAUUGGGAUCGCCGAUUGAAAAAAGGCAAUAGUUUGGGUUCAAAUACGAUUGAUGACAAUCAAUCUUUACUUUCCACACCGCUACAGAAUAUUGAGUGCUGGAUAAAUCAGGAAUAUUCGAUACCUUGCAAACACAGUGCAGAAAAUAAUGAAGUAUACGUGCCAUUUUCGUUUUUACGCAGUUAUUUUGACAUUAAUGGUGGCAUGCUUGCGGUCACCAGCAGUAGCAUCAAUGAUAAAAGCGUUAAUGGAGAUGAUAAUAUAGUGCCACGAUUUGCGUGGGUGCAUAGCAAUGCAAAAAUUAAUGUACCCAAAGGCAAAUACGAUUCACGUGGACGCUUUGCUUAUUUUGAAAACUACAAUGUGGAGGUGCGUGAUCGCGUAAAGUGCAUAAGCGCCGCCGAAGGCGUGCCUAUAAGUACACAGUGGGAAAAAAGUGGGUACUUUUACCCGACACAAAUUGCUCAGUUUGCUUUAGCACAUUAUAGCAAAAACUUGUCUGAACCACCGCCGAAAAUCAAGGUGUUGGAAGAUGCCGAUACUAAUAAAUCAAAUUGGUAUACGCCCAAGUCCAGUAAUAUUUCUCGCAUUUGGCAUCCGAAAUUUAAUACAUCUGUCAUCCAAUAUGAAACUGCCAUUGGAUAUGACAGUGCUGUGCGCUUAGACAUCAACCAAACACUUGAGCUGGUGCUAAGUGUUGAUAUUUUGCUGGUCACUAACAGCAGUAGUCUUAUGGUGACAUUACAGUCUCGUGAAACUAAGCAGAAUUACCUACUGCACUACAUUCCCGCAGAUUUGCGGCUAAGCACGCAAGAUCAAAAUAUAUACUAUGGCAUGGGUACUAGUGCUGUGAAUAGAUGGCGUCAUAUAACGCGGGACCUGUUUAUAGAUGUACAGAAAGGCGUCAUGAGUGGCAGUGACAAAAAAUCGCCAUUAAAAAUACGACGAAAUGAAUUGCGAGUCACAUCGGUGGCGUUUCUGGGUGUUGGUUUCUUCGAUAACAUAACGUUCUCAACAUAUGAUCACUUGGCGCAUUUUUACGAUGCCGCCGAGUGGUUUAUCCACAAUCAGGAUUUAAAAACUGGUGGUUGGCCAAAUCCAGUGAGGCGCAGUUUAAACGGCUUCACUGAACUUAAAGCAGGUUGGCUCUCGGCUAUGGGACAGGGCCACGCGAUUUCCGUACUGGCGAGAGCCUACUUCCACUCCGGAGGAGACAAGCGCUACUUGAAAGCAGCGGCGUUGGGCCUAAAACCAUUCCGUGUAUAUUCAAAGGAUGGUGGCGUAUUAGCGCAAUUUAUGGACAAGUAUUUCUGGUACGAAGAAUAUCCAACAACGCCGCCAUCUUUCGUUUUGAAUGGUUUUAUUUACUCUCUUUUGGGACUAUUUGAUUUAAAUUCUACUGCGCCAUCAAACAUUGGACGCGAGGCUGGAAAGCUUUUUAAUCAAGGCAUGUAUUCAUUGAAAAAAAUGUUACUGUUGUAUGACACGGGCUCUGGUACGAGUUAUGAUUUGCGUCAUCUAAGUUUAGGCACUGCUCCGAAUUUGGCACGAGACGAUUACCAUGCGACGCACGUUAGCCAGUUACUGUUACUAUCUACAAUCGAUAGUGAUCCACUAUUAAUGGAAACAGCUGAGCGAUGGAAGGGCUAUAUGUUUGGUAAACGAGCCAAGCACAAUUGAGGGCGAGAUAGGCGUAAGCGCCACAAACAUGUAGCCUAUAAAACCUUAGGUCGAGGCCACGCAAUGAGCGGCAAAGCGACGAGCGGCUGAGCGACGCCAUACAAAAAUGCCGCUCAGCGGCUCAGAAAUGCCGCUCAGUGCGUGGCCACUUCAAUAGUAUUUCAUAUGUUUUAAUUUUAAGCUGCUCAGCCACUCAGCCAGUCGCCGCCUUGCCGCUCAUUGUGUGGCCUCGGCCUUAGAGUGAUAUUUGAUCCUUACUUUUGCAAAAUAAGUAUUCUUUUUACUUACUUUUAUAUACAAUUUUUUAUACAUAUUAUCUUUUAUUUUUAUUUAUUCUUAUUGCCUAUGUAAAGAGGAGAAUCUUUGUGAAUUAGUUUGUUUUUCUUUGUACUGUAAUAAAAUUAUUGAAAUUGUCUAUGCAGAUGGAACAUCCCUCCGAGUAGUGCGAAUACUCGGUCUAAUACUAAAAGUGUGUAUUGUACCUAGUACUAAACCUAUUUCCAUGGGAAAGUCAGAACUAUAAGCUGAUAAUAAGUAACUACAUGCACGUUUUUACGCAGCUAGUAAAAUAGAAAUGUUACUUUGAAAGAAAGUAAAAGUUUUGUAUUUUGCUUGGCAAAAUCGGUUUUUCAUUUGAUGUAUUUUUCGCAAUAUUGUAGAUAGUACUUACAUCUUUAUAUAUUAGGAUUCUUGCCAAUAUAUUUAAUUUAAAAUUUUAAUAAAAAAAAUGUGUAUUACUUCGCGAACUUUACCCAUCUGUAUUUCUAAUAUAAGCUUGUUUUUUCUGCGUGAAUAUUUUGUGUAAUAUUUUUACUCUAUAGUAUUUAUUAUUUUAUUAAAAUUAAAAAUAUUUUUUUUAAGUUUAUAUGAACUAAAGAUUUAGGGAAAACAAAUCAUACUUAAUGUGUUUUUACUUUUAUAAUUAUUUAUGUAAGUUAUGACAUUUUAGAAAUAGAUAAAAAAUACGCAUUGUUAAAAAAUUUAAUGUAAAAAAUAAAUCGAGUUAGUAGUAAUAUUAGAGCUUAAACCUUGCAUUUCACACCUAUCUAAAAAACGCAUCAACAUUAAUACUCACAUAUUGUUUUCCUUUAUUGUAGUCUGUUAAAUCUUCAAUAAUCUAAUCCACAUGGAACGAUACAAUAACUAAUUUAGGCACUGUAGUGUUGAAACUAACAAGAGGAAUCAACUAAUGUAGAAUAAAACGAAAUACUUAAAUAAAUGUAUAAAUAAUGUAGUAGAGAUUACAACUGCCAAACUGUGAACAGACAUUUAUUUUUCUCAAGGUUCGUAUACUUUGGGAGAAAAUUUGAAAUAAAAGCGUCACAUAAAAUGCAGUAUGCAUGAAUAUUUAUUUAAUUGGUUGAUUACGGAUAAACCUCAAUAUCGCCACUGAAAUAUAAAUCUAUAAUAAAAAGCUUUCUCGCUUUAUUUUCAUAACAUUCAGCUAUCUUAUAAAAAUUUUUGAACUCAAAUUUUCAAAUAAGAUAGUGUUAAAUGUUUCUUCUCGCUCCAAUUACCUCACCUAGUAUAAUUAUCACCAUGGGCUUAUAUUCAAUACAACCUAUCUGCAAUUCUCACAAACGCUAGGUGCGCAUGUUAGCACCCGUCUGGGAUUUAACUGUCGCAUUAAUUUUGCCUUUAAGUUUUCAA